AUGGGGGAAGACCUUGGGCCUGUGCGCCUGCGCGAGUCGCAGCAAAAGGGCCGCCACCUCGUGGCCGGCCCCGCCUUCCUGCCGGGCGCCGUCGUGCUGUCCCGGGCCCCCUACCAGGCAGUCCUGUACGACGACCAAGUCCCGCGCCGCUGCGGCUUCUGCUUCCGCGCCGGGGCCGGCCUGCGCAGGUGCGGGAGGUCCAAGUUCGCGCGCUACGACUCUCUCGACCACCAGAGGAGGGACUGGGAGGACGGGUACCGGGAGGAGUGCGCCGCCCUUCGCCGCGUGGCGCCCCGUGUGCCGCCAGCGACGGUGCGGCUGGCCGCGCGGGUGUUUUGGAAGAGGAUGAGACAGGCCCGUGAAGGGGAGGUUGAAGACAAGUGGGAUGCAAGUGAGGCAAUCGAUGGCCUCACCUCCCACUGGGAGAAAAUCGACAACAAACGAAAAGUGAUGUAUGCACAGAUGGCGGUCACCACAAGGGAGUUCAUGAGAGCAGCAAUGCAAGGGACUGAUGAGUCUGCAUUGCCUGAGGUCAAAGAGAUUGCGCUAAUGCUGGCUAGAUUUGCCUGCAACAAUCACACCAUUUGUGACGAUGAGCAGAGUCCUGUCGGUGUAGGAAUCUACCCUCUGAUGGCCCUUGUCAACCACUCCAACACCCCAAAUUGCGUGCAAGCAUACAAAGGGAAGCAGCUUGAAUUCAGGGCUGUCAGGCGAAUUGAACCAGGGGAGGAGGUGACCAUCAGCUACAUUGAUUUGCUGUCAACACACCAAGAGAGGAGGGAGGCGUUGAUGCACAAUUACUUUUUCGACAUUGAUGAAGUGCAAAGGCCAGUUUCAGCGUCACCUGAGGUUGGCAAAAAUUCUCUGGAGAAGACUUGGCUGCUGGACGGAAGAAGGGUGGCACUCACCGUGCAUGGCAGGAAUGAUGGUUAUUGGAAGAAUGCAGACACCACAGAUCGUGCUCUCACAGAAAUUCUUUUUGACAAUGGCAAGGAAAGAGUUCAGUUGGGGGGACUUAUGGCCUUAAUGAAAACGAACGAUGAUGACAGCUAUGGUCACGACGAGCCUGAUAAUGGUGCAUCACGUGGAGAUUCAUUGGAACAUGGUGAUGAGGAUGAUGAUUAUGUUGCUGUGGAUAUGUGGGGACCCAGGCUGCAUGACAUUGAUGCCAGCCAUCUGGAAUCGAUUGCCUGCCAAGCUGCCAGCUUAGUAAUUAUGCUGCGGCGUGGCGAUGCCCUCACAAAGAGACAAGAUUUUAGAGCAGCCAUGCGGGCACUCUCCACUGUACGUGAUCUGGCAUCAGGGCCAUUGUUCCCUUCAUAUUUCUUGGGUCCUUGCCACAUUCUUCAAGUCGAGGCUGCAAAAAAGUUUCUGAGAGCAGCCAUGGAUGAGGGCUCAAGCUGGGAGGCUGCCCUGCAGUCAGCACGAUUCUUGAAAGCCCCCUACUCGAAAGUGUAUCCCAGCGUUUGGCCAAAUAUGGGCCUGCAUUGGGCGAUCAUGGCAAAGCUGGAGCUGUUUUGUGGGGAUCCUGCAGUGGCAGCUCGAAUCGCGGACAAAGGUGCCAGGGUGCUGCAGAUCACUCAUGGGGACAGCUCUGUGCUGGAAGAUGCGUUGCGAUUGAGGUAUGAUGCAGAGAGAUGUCUGGCCGAAGCGAAAAGAUCUGAAGAUGAUGAGGUAGACUGCUGA